AUGCAAAAAGGAACUGUAUCUUUCAAUGACGAGGAUGCUGAAGGAAUCGUGCAACCACGCAAUGAUGCACUGGUAAUAUCUGUACUCAUAAAUAAAUCUCGAAUUAAGCGUGUGUUAAUUAAUCCAGGUAGCUUGACCAAUAUCAUCAGAUCGAGGGUCGUGGAGCAGUUGGGUCUGCAAGACCAGAUAGUGCUUGCAGUCCGAGUCUUAAACAGGUUCAACAUGGUUUGCGAGACCACUAAAGGGGAGAUAACCUUACUGGUAAACACCGCCGGGACUGUUCACGACAUAAAAUUCUACAUGAUUGAAGAAGAUAUGAGGUACAAUGCUUUAUUUGGAAGGCCAAGGAUUCACGACAUAAGGGCAGUACCCUCGACGCUACAUCAGGCGUUGAAAUUUUCUACACCGAGCGGGAUCAAAACAUUUUACAGAGAACAACCGGCUGCAAAAGAAAUGUUCAUGGUUGAUGAGGUGGUCCCGAUAUCCGCGCUUCAACAUUAA